AUGUCCCCAUGUCCCCUCCCCAGGUGGCUGGUGCUGGACACGGACACGCGGCAGUUCCUGGCCGGGGGCUCUGACAGCAGCGAGCAGCUCUCGGUGGUUCGCUUCUCACCGGACGGUUCCUUCCUGGCCAUCGGCUCCCACGACAAUUUCAUUUACAUCUACAGCGUGGCCGAGGGCGGCCGCAAGUUCACCCGCUUCGGCCGCUGCACCGGUCACUCCAGUUUCAUCACCCACCUGGACUGGUCCAAGGACGGCCGGUUCAUCAUGUCCAACUCGGGGGAUUAUGAGAUCCUCUACUGGGACGUCGCCGGCGGCUGCAAGUUGCUGCGGAACCGUUUCGAGAGCCGGGACCGGGAAUGGGCGUCCUACACCUGCGUGCUCGGCUUCCACGUCUUUGGGGUGUGGCCGGACGGCUCUGACGGCACCGACAUCAACUCGCUGUGCCGCUCGCACCACGAGCGCGUGGUGGCCGUGGCUGAUGAUUUCUGCAAGGUGCACCUGUUCCAGUACCCCUGUGCCCGGCCCAAGGCGCCCAGUCACGUGUACGGCGGGCACGGCAGCCACGUGACCAACGUGCGCUUCACGCACGACGACGGGCACCUGGUGUCGCUGGGCGGGAAGGACACCAGCGUCUUCCAAUGGCGGGUGCUGCCCGGCGACAGCGGCUGAGCCCCGCGCUUCCUCUUCCUCGCUGCUUCCUCCUCCCCUUUCCCCUUCCUGGGACCAAAGAGCGGCUCGGGGGUUGGUUUGAACCCUCCCUCCCGCCGCGUUUUCGCGCUGCACUGUGACUGAGGCGUCAAUAAAGCCUUGGGGUCAGG